AAAAGUGUUGAGACGCAAUCGAGCCCUCCUCCCACUCUUUUGCCUUCCCCGCUAGCCGAGUGGCUCGUCCCUUAUGCUCAGACCAUCGCACACGAUUGCUUCGCGCUUUUUGCCUUUAAAGGCAGAAACGCGUGCUGCAGAAAAACAAUCGUACUCGAUGUCCACAGUACACCUUGUGGUUUAAAAGAAGCGGGGAAAAUGUGUGGGCUUGCCACAACACACGCGCUAUUGAUUCUUUCCAGGGAUUUAAACCCACCUCGCAGAUAAUUUACAACCGUCUCUCUUCUCUCAAGCACUAUCACAAAAUGCCUGCUACAGGACGUAACGUGAAAUCUGUUGAAUGCACUGUCUGCUACAAAGUUAUUAGCCGCAAGGCCGAUCUUCCUAGGCAUAUGCUUACGCACGCUGAAAACAGGGAUGCCCUUAAGCACGCAUGCCCAUACGAUGGCUGCGAUUACAAGACCCUUCAAAAGUCUAACGUCCAGACGCACAUCAGGACCCACACCGGGGAACGCUCGAAGGCGUGCCCUCACCCUGAGUGUCAAUUUUCCACCACCGAUCCAGGCAGCCUGACGCGUCACCGCAAGUCAGAACACGGCUACAAGCCAAAGGCGCGUUGCAUUCCAGACGGCAAAGCUGCUCGACGGUCCGCCACCGCGCCCUACCCCUCUACUCGAUUUGUGAAACCAGAGGUCUCAUGCCCUGCGGUGCGCUCUCGCCUUGCGAGUCCAUCGACUCCCAACUCUCGGGCGAGUUCACGGAACUCUCCUUGGACCGACUCUUCCCCGAUCUCUCUGCCGAGAGCUUCAUCCCCAUACGUGGUCAGCCCUCUCAGCUCCCGCGGGUCCCCAUCCCGAACUACUUCCGGCCUUCGACCGUCCCCGUCGAUCUCUCCACUCUCCACAUCGACCCGCAGUUACUCUCCGAAGCCGCGCAUCCGCAGCCCAUUCACGAUGUCGGAUUUCAGUAUCAGUCCCAGUCCAUCGCCAAUGAGGACUUUCAGUAUCAGCCCAUCUCCGGAACCAAUGUGAACAAUAAAUUACCAGUUGAUCUGGAGGAGUUUUUACAAAAAUAUGGCUCGGGGUCCUUUGAAGGCCGCUGCGAGUACCCUGAAAAUGCACCGUAUUCGAUGGCAGAGCCCUCGUUUACAAACGAAUACAACGUCUAUUGAAUCUUCUUUUUCAUCUUUCACCUUUCACCUUUCAUCUCGUUGUCAAAUUACCUGUACAUCAGCAUCACAAUUACAUGUCGAACUCGGAGUUAUCAUUAUUGGUCAUUUAUAUCACGCCACUUGCACCUUUUGUACAUAUCUUCAACCGCACUUAUUGCGACCUUCAAAUUACAGGAUGUACAAUUGACAGCAGUACACGAAUGUCAUGACCAUGAAAUAUGAAUUGAUAUCUUUU